AUGGAGUCAAGGAAACAAAAAAUUGAACAAAUGAUUGAACACUAUGUUGCAAAGGCAGAAAUGACUUCCGAUGUGUCUCAACGUCAACAUUGUAAUGAUGAUGCUAAUCAAAUUCAUGAACAAGCAACUGGUCAUCCCAUGACAUUCGAUAAGGAAGGACACCUUGAUAUGUCUUCACCCGAUGCUAAAAAAUGCCCAGCACUUCAACGUCAAUAA